AUGACAUCACCUUGGGACUGGCCCCAGAGCCCAGGUGAGCGGCGCAGCGCGUGCGGCCUGGCGGGGGACGGGGCCGUCAUCUGGCUGCUGGGCUUCCGCGGGAAGAGGACCCCCUUCUCCGUCUACGUCCUCCACCUGGCCUGCGCCGACGCCGCCUUCCUCGCGGGUGUAUGCGUGAAGCUCUCGCUUUUCCUGGCGGGUUGCCACGAGCGCCUGCUGCAUAACCUACUGAGGGUGGUGCUCGUCCCUUCGUACCUGGCGGGGCUGAGCCUGCUGGUGGCCGUCAGCGCCGAGCGCUGCGUCUCCGUGCUCUGGCCCCUCUGGCACCGGUGCCGCCGGCCCGCCCGCCUCUCCUCCGUGGUGUGCGGCCUCAUCUGGGCGCUGUCCCUAGGCCUGGGGGUCCUGGGGGUCCUGUGUGACGACUACGUUGGGUUCUCAUGUAGGGAGAUCUCGCUCAUCUAUUACGGGGCGUCGGCCAUCACCUUCCUGGGGCUGUGCGCGUCGGGCCUGACGCUGCUCGUCCGCGUCCAGUGCGGCCCCUGGAGGCGCCGGCCCAGCCGGCUCUACGUGACCCUCCUGCUCAGCGCCCUGGCCUUCCUGCUGCUCGGGCUGCCGUACGGAGUGGGCCACAUGUUCCACGCCCUCUCCCCAUCCAUGCCCUACGAUUACAUCCUGCUGCCCGUCUGCCACCUCCUCUCAAUCCUGAACUGCCUGGUGAACCCCCUCAUUUACUUCUUCGUGGGGAGCCAUGGGCGGCGCAAGGGCCUGGCCCCCCUCUGA